AGCGUUGACAUUGUUUAGUUUAGUGGAGAGAUUAGGGGGGUGACCUCACUCUGUCACUUUCUCUUUAACAGUUUAGACAGCUAAUUGGUCCAGUUGAUAUUUUUUCUCUUAUCUCUGCUGUCUCAGGCCAGACUCUGUCUUUCCAGGUGUCUUUGUUUUAUUUCCUCUCUCCAAAUCUGCGCUCAUCUCUGAAUAUCCAGUGUUGGAAGUCAUUAUCUUGAGAAUAAUCUGAGUUGCAUGUAACUGAUGUCAGGCCUGUGAAUGCAUGUGUGUGUCACUCAACAUGACAUCAGCUAGCGUCAGCUCUAAAUCUUCAUCACAAACACGUGAGUCAUCCCUGCCACAGCUAAAGAGAUUCCCCUCAUAAAGUCCUUCAAGUGGUAAUCUUUAUAGGAGAGCUGGGGGUGUUAAAGAGGGGACGAGUCUGGAGGAGGGAAGCAGAAGAAGCAGAGGCUGAAACUUGGACCAGCAAACAGUAAUUUUCUCCUUGUGGAGCAUCUUAUGUUGUUUCUUCUUGUUUUCUUUGAUUUGUUCUAAACCUUUGAGGGAUUGUCUGGGUGCAGUGGAGGCCAUCUGGCAGGAGCUUUAUCAGGAUUUUAUGCUGUGAGCCUUUGGCCAACUGUGGCCACUUGCAUAGUACUUCCCUUCCAUCUAGUUGACAUCUGCGAAUGUGACACUUGUAAGCAGGUGUGCGUGAGAGUGUGAUUACUUCAGUCUGUGUGUCUAAGCCUUGUCUGACCACCGUCCUUGUCCUUGGCGUGUCUCGACUUGAGUAAUUGUGAGACUGUGUGUCCUGAGUUUGUCCUGUCAGAGCAACAAAACAUGAGCGAAAGAGAAAACUAUUCUAUAUUCACCCAUCAUCUGUCAAAGAAGUAGGGGUUUGGUCGUUCCCUCCCGUCCUGAGAGCUCAUGGAGUCUGUGGUGAGAGUAAAAAAGUCGCUGAGGACGCCCAUCAGGAAGCUGACCAGCUGCGUGUCGGGUGUGAAGGAGAGGAAGUUGUGUGCCAAACGCAGGAACAGGAGGGCCAGAGGUGGGGGAGGAAGAGGAGGAUGCAACAGGUUGGGGAGGACCCCUCCUCGCCGAACUGCACACUCCAAAGACCCGUCAGUCAUCCACUCAUACCAGGCAGACCUGGAGAAGGAGAGAAAGCUGCGGGAAGCAAUGAACGCUCAGAAGAAUGCAGAGAGAGCCGCUAUGAGAGCUCACUUCAGGAGAAAAUAUCAGCUGUCUGAGAACUCCGAGGACACAAACCACCUAAGGUCUGUUGGAGGGAAAGUGUCGCUCCCCCACAAGCUGUUGAAGAUCAUUCAUCCUGAAACCAAAACCAAGGACAACGGCUUCAACCUGCUGAGCUCCUUUCAAGGCCUCAGCUUCGGCACAGAGGCGCUCACAGGGAGGAAACACAGCAAGACGUCCACUCCUACACCAGCAAGUGGGGCCUCUUGUAAAGUCAUGUGAUCAAUAUGUGAUCACAGGGACGAUCAGUACACCUCCUUCUGAUUGUGUUAGUUGUUAAAAGAAAUGCAGGGGAAAUAAUCCAAACCAUGUCAUGCAGACUUUCUUUUUGUACUUAUUUGUUGUCUUCUUUGUAGCAAUAAUAAGGCGUAAGUGCCAGAUAAUUUAAUAUCUUAUAUGAGAUGAACUAAAUAUUAAUUUAAGUGGGUUGAGAACAUGAUCAAACCUGUAACUGUAAUGAAUUAUUAAGGGUUGAUCACAUUUUCAGACCAAUUAGAUCCUUAUUUUGUUGUAUUCCAAUUACUUAUUAGUUUUUUAAUAUUAUAUAUUAUAAAAUCUAGAAGCUACUGUAGCUAGUUUUUUCUUACAGAACUGUCACAUCUCUCUAAAUUUUAGAGCAAUGUGACGUUUAGACUCUAAAUGAUAUAGAUCCAAUUGGGUGAUCUAUACACAAGUAAGGAACCUCAGGGCAACACGUUUACAUUACGUCACACGUUCACACAAGUAAUGAAAUAACAAUCUUUAUAAUCGUUUUGUAUGUUUGAUUAACUGAGAAAAUGUUUUGUUGUUUCUUUGUAAAUAAUCUCUGAUUUGUGUCAUGUGUGUAUAUGAGCCAAUUUCUAAGCUAUUACUUUCUUGAUUACUCUCUUAUUUUCAUUGAGCUGAUACUGGUGUGAAAAUAGUCUCACGCUGCCUAAUCAAAGGUUUUUAUACAACAGGAAGCAGAAACCCUACAAACUAAUAAGUAGAUAGUCAUGGUCUUUUUUUUUUUUUUUUUGUUUAGCUGUGAUAAAACUUGUAAUAAAGACAUGUUUGACCAGCUGGACUUACUCUUCUUU